AAUCUCUACCCGACUUCGGUGUGUUUUGUUUGUGUUUGCUGUGUACACUGUACAUUUACUGAUAGCCAGUUUUUUAUAAUCUCAUUUUUCUGUUGUGUGUUUUGUAUAAAAUAAAAUUUGCUUUAAAAUAAUUAAAUAAUAGUUUAACAUUUCUGUAACUACACCAUGGCCGCGGCAGCAGUGCCUCCAGAAUAUGGACCAGACGCCGGUGGGAGGCUAAAGGGAGUAACCAUUGUCAAACCGAUCAUAUAUGGCAACGUAGCUCGUCAUUUUGGAAAAAAGCGCGAGGAAGAUGGCCAUACUCAUCAAUGGACUGUUUACGUCAAGCCAUUCCAAAACGAAGAUAUGUCGACGUAUGUGAAGAAGGUCCACUUUAAAUUGCACGACAGUUAUGCAAAUCCAAAUCGAGUGCACAACAAACCUCCAUACGAAGUCACAGAGACAGGAUGGGGCGAGUUUGAAAUUGUCAUCAAAAUAUACUUUCACGAUCCUAAUGAACGACCAGUAACAUUAUAUCACGUCUUGAAACUAUUCCAUCAAGCUGCAGACAUGGCUCUGACCAAGAAGACUUUGGUUUCUGAGUUUUAUGAGGAAGUGGUUUUCCAAGACCCAACCCAAUACAUGCAACAUUUAUUGAAUAGUGCUCCUCCUCUGACCAUGGGUCCUUACAAGCAUGAGACUGACUUUGACGAGAAAAAGGUAAAGUCUCUUCAAAAUAUUUUGACUGCAAAAACAAAAAUAAAGAAAGAUAUUGCAGAUGUAAAAGAAAAAUUAAAAAUUGCCAAGGAAACUAUAGCAAAAUUCAAAGAAGAAAUCAACAAAGCACAAUCUGGCAGUUUGUCAGAAUCUCCCUCUCUUGCUUGAACAUUUUUAUUGUUUACUAUCUGUUAUAAUUUAUAUGAUUUAAUCUCUCAGUAUUGAAGGUCCUUACUUGAAAUCAAAGAGAGAGGCUCUUUCCCCCCCCUAAGUAUGCAGUUUCAUUUUCCAAUUCUGUGUGACCUCCAUUCUAAUGUACAAUCAUGAUACCAUAAAAUAAAUAUAUAUGUACAAAUUU